UCGAGGCACAGUCUUAUUGCUGCAGCAAAAUACUUAUGUUUUUAGUUGUGCGGUUGUUUUUUUGUUCGGUAAAGUUAACUUCGGUAUAGUUUAAUUCAUUUUACUUUGAAUCCCAUGGACGUGCUAUCUGCCAUACCAUUAUAUAAGAAUGAUACAAAGAAGACAUAUAUCGUAGUCUGAGGUGAAGUAUUAACUGAAAGGAAUCAAAGAAUGGCUUCUGGACCAGACCCUGGCGGCCGUUCCAGGUUUGCUAAACUCGGAAUGGCAAUAAACGAAGAACUGACCAAGGCCUGUAGAGAUGUCUUAGAAAUGGAAGUACCCCCUGGGCUUGUCUACAAUAAAGUGAAGUUAUCAUCGAUUUAUAAAAACAUACGUCCUGAGCAAGAACGUCGUCUUAUAGGCGCAAAAACUGAUGGUUAUAAAGAAUUUGAUAUAACACUGUUAUAUACACUGAUAAGAAACAUAUGUACAAAGAUUCCUCGUCCAACAAAAGGUUGGGGUGGAAGCACGAUGCCGUCAGUAGGAGAAAUAACGAUUGGCGAUGACGUUGAGAGGAUUAGGAUGAUACGAAAUGACAUGUUUGGACACAUAAGCUCGGCUUCUACCUCAAAGACAGAUUUUGAUGACACAUGGAUAGUAAUAACUGAUAUCUGCCAAAGGCUGCAAGCGUAUACAAACAAAGACUAUUUGUCUGGACUGAGUAAUAUUCAAAGUCAAGCCUUAGAAGAGGAGUACGAAACAACAGUCAUAGAAAAACUUAGGGAAGAUUUUAAGAAUAACCAAUCUCUAAUGGAAAAGUUAUCUUCUGUGGAAAAGGAUUUGCAAGAAUUGAAAAGAAAAUCCGAAGACAAAGAAAACAUUCUGGUGAAAGAGAUUCUGGACAAUUGGCGGGAAGACGAUGUUGCCUUCAUUCCUACACGAGCAAGUGAAGCGGUUCAAAAAAAGCUUAAAAGUCUGAACCUUAUCACAGUGGUUGGAAAUUCUGGGUCCGGAAAAUCUGCAAUAAUUCAGCAUAUUGCACUUAUUCUCAAAGAGCAGGGAUGGAAUGUCAUACCGGUGGAUAAGGUGGAAGAAAUUAAAAAGAUCUGUUCAACUGGAGUCUCAGAAAAUCGUAUAUUAUUUGUAUUCAAUGAUCCUCUAGGUAAGGAGUCGUUAGAUGAAAUUUUGUAUCACUCAUUGAAAAGUUUAGAGAAAACGCUGGAGAUUUGCUUGAAGAAGAAUAAACUAUUGAUAUCAUGUAGAAGAUGCGUCUUUUAUGACAAGAGAAUCAAGGGUAACUUAUUGGAUGAUUCAUCUGCAGUAGAGAUUGAUAACGAAAAAAAUGGACUGACGAUUGACGAGAAAAGAGCGAUCUUAAAUCAGUAUUCACAGAAUCUUCAUUUAUCCGAGGAAGUUUUUACCGAAAUAAUCAAAACCGAAGCUUAUUUCCCAUUGCUUUGUAAGCUUUAUUCAAGGGAGGAGUACUACAAAGAAAAGGGGGUGGAUUUCUUUAAAAAUCCGUACAAAUUUAUUAAAAAGGAAAUUGAAGUUUGGAAGAAAACAGACAAGAAAAGAUUUUGCUCACUUAUCUUGAUAGUGGCUUUUAAAAACAAUUUGAAAAUCGAUGCUAUUGUAAAAAAUGAUAUUUGUUUGAUGAAAUUUAAAGAAAUUUUAGGUAUGUGUGAGUUACAAGAAAACACACAUAUUUCAGUCAUUCGUAGUACUCUACAUGAAUUGAAAGGAUCCUAUGCCAAACGUGUCGGAAAUGCUUUCCAAUUCUUUCACGACUUUAUUAUGGAGAUAACGACUCUGGUGUUUGGUGUGGAUUGUCCACAAGAGACAAUACAAUACGCAGACAGUGGUUUUCUGAGACGUCGGGUAAGGAUAGAAGACGAUACAGAAGAGAAAGAUCGCGAUCCCUUCACUGUUUACCUUCCUGAAGAGUACAUUGAUGAUCUUGUGGACAAGUUUAUCACUGACAUGCAAACAGAAAACCUUGUAGAUGUACUACUCAAUCCAUGUUUGAGGAAAGAGAGUGUGAUCAAUUCUUUCAAGGAAAAAGUGGAUUCGGUUGAAAAACUUCUUGUAAAAAUUAAGUGUGAAAAAGACAUAUCGGAAUAUCAAAGAUCAUUUGAAAGAUCUUUUUUCACAAGACUUGAUUUCCUUUAUUCAUUUGAAAGUGAAAUAUGCCCUUUAGUUGGUCUUAUUGUAUUUUGUCAUUCUGACAUUUCUUCAUUUUUCAUAAAAAGUAUCCCUGAAACAAAGUUGAAAGAAUAUCCUAUAUUUACUGCUAUAUGUGCGAAUGGAGAUUUAAACCUACUUAAUUCUCUCAGCGAAGAAUAUAAAAAAACAGCAAUGAUGGAAAUAUGGGAUGACUCUUUACCAAUUCAUUUUGCUUCGGUUUUUCAUAAUUUUUUAAUAAUAAAAGAAUUAGUAAGACUCGGUGCUGACGUAAACAAGUUUACACCUGAUAACAUGUGGACUCCGUUAUUACUUGCUGCUGGAAAUGAUGAAAAUCAUUUCAAAGAGGCCGGAAUCGACACAAAAACUGGAGAAAGACGUAAUUAUACAAGUAUUUGCUUAUUGAACAACGGUGCUAAAAUCAAGUUAUCUGAUAUUGAGAAUAAAGACAGCCCUCUUUGUAUGGCUUGUUAUAGAGGACGUGAUAUCACGGUACAACUGUUACUAGACAACGGUGCCGACAUCAAGUUAUGUGAUAACGAUGGAUUCAGUCCUCUUCAUAUAGCUUGUCAAAAUGGACAUGAUAGCACGGUACAACUGUUACUGAACAACGGUGCCGACAUCAAUUUGUGCAACAAGAAUGGAACCAGUCCUCUUUAUAUAGCUUGUCAAAAUGGACAUGAUAGCAUGGUACAACUGUUACUGAACAACGGUGCCGAUAUCAAUUUAUGUAACAAGAAUGGAGUCAGUCCUCUUUAUAUAGCUUGUCAAAAUGGACAUGAUAGCACGGUACAACUGUUACUGAACAACGCUGCCGAUAUCAAUUUAUGUAACAAGAAUGGAGUCAGUCCUCUUUAUAUAGCUUGUGAAUAUGGACAUGAUAGCACAGUACAACUGUUACUGGACAAUGGUGCCGACAUCAAUUUAUGUGAAACUGAUGGAACCAGUCCUCUUUAUAUAGCUUGUCAAAAUGGACAUGAUAGCAUGGUACAACUGUUACUUAACAACAGUGCCGACAUCAAUCUAUGUAAAAAGAAUGGAGUUACUCCUCUUUAUAUUGCUUGUCAAAAUGGACAUGAUAGCACGGUACAACUGUUACUGAACAACGAUGCCGACAUUAAUUUAUGUGAUAAAGAUGGAAACAGUUCUCUUUGGAUAGCUUGUGAAAACUCACAUUGCAGCACCAUCGAACUUCUAUUAAAUUCAGGUGCUGAUGUAAAUUUAUGCAAUAAAGGCAACCGCAGUCCGUUUUACAUAGCAUGUCUGAACGGUGAUGACAGUAUGGUUAAACUUUUAUUGAACAAAGGUGCAGACAUCAAUUUAUGUGACAAUGAGGGAGCCAGUCCUCUCUAUAUAGCCUGUGUAAAUGGACACUACAGCACGGUCGAAUUAUUAUUAUUAAGAACUGAUACUUGCAUUAAUUUAUGCAAUAAAGACAAUAUGAGUCCACUGUUUAUAGCAUAUUUAUAUGGUCAUGACAGUAUCGCUGAACUUUUACUACAAUUUGGUGCUAAGUUUUUAUUCUGAAGAUGGAUUAAAUGGUUUCUCAAUACCAAGUGCGUUCACAUUAUUUCUGAGAAAUGGAGGAAAAAUAAAUUUAAGCUUUGAUUAGAGCUUGCGAAAAUGAGUAGGAUACUAUCAUAUAGAAUUUUAAGCAUUUAUUUAAAAGAAAAUUACAUAAGAGGAAGAAUACACAUGCUGUAUCUUUCAUUUCAACAUUCAGAUAUAUCGACGACGUAUUAUCAAUUACAAGUAUCAAUAUUUAUUUUCAUUUAUAUGUCGACUUGCUAUUUCCUAGUGAAUCUGAAAUCGAAAACACCACAAAAUCGUUCUGUUACUUCUGUUUCAUGUUCGAAUGUUUUGAAAAUCAUAUUAUAUUUUUUAAUUACAUUGUUAGCAAAUAUAACCUUUUAUGAAUGGGUUUUACACCAAGUGAUAGACUGUUUUGUACUUAAAUUGACAAAGGAACGUUACCUCUGUCCAUCGACAAAAAAAAGCAUUUCGAGUAUGACCGAUCAAAAGGGUAUGUUUUCUUAUUUUGGGCACCUGAGUCUUCUCCUGGAGUGCUUGGGAUUAAUGUUUUUUGUUUGGUUUACAGGUAUUUAUAGCUUUAAAAAAAAUGUGUAGAUUGAUCUGUUUUCUUUUAGUUUUAGUGAUUCCUUCAGUACUGUUAAUCGCCAAAUUUUCUGUGACAUCUGGGGUUUUUUUUUAGAUGGAUACUUCGUAUGUAAAAGCGAGAUAUGGUACUUUAAAGAAAUUUUUCUAAAGUUUGUGUUACUGUUCAUAUUAAAUAAUGAUGAUUUUUUUUAAGAAAACACAAAAAAAGUUCUUUUGAAUAAAAAGUAUAUGUAUUUACAGUAAUUUAUUAAGCUUACUUAUUUUUUAAUAUCAUACGGCUUUCUUUAUUUUAUUUUACUACUGCUAUUCGACACGUAUUUUAGAUUUCCCGUAGCAAAACAUGGACAUUGCCAUUACAUUCUAAAUUUAUUUAUUCUAUAUUUAUAUCCUAUAAACGUAAAAUAUAGAGGCCUCUUGGUAACAUUUGAUAAGACGAGUUAUUUUUCUUUACACAUUACCGUAAAACAAUGGCAAAACAUAGACAUUAUGGGAGGCGGGGGUAUCAUUUAGUGAGGUCAUCGGUCACAGUACCUCUAUUUUAUCUGGGUGUAAUUAAGGGCUUUAUUUUAAAAAUAUCUUAACUCUUUACAGGCUUUAUUUUAAAAAUAUCUUAACUUAACAGGCGACACUUUAUUUUAAAAAUAUCUUAACUCUUUACAGGCGACACUUGAGUUCGAUUGAUUGAUUGAUUGUAUAUUGUUUAACGUCCCUCUUGAGAAUUUUUCACUCAUAUGGAGACGUCACCAAUGCCGGUGAAGGGCUUCAAAUUUAGACCUAUACUCGGCACUCAGGGCCAUUGAGCAGUGAGGGUUCUUUAUCGUGCCAACGCCUACCGUGACACGGGACCUACGUUUUUAAGGUCAUAUCCGAAAGACCCGUGACUUUCACUUCUAGUGCCGAGCGCUUGGCGAAGGAACAGUCACUACCUAUGUUUACGUCUUAGGUAUGACGCGGCGCCGCGAUCGAGAAUCGAACCCGGGCCUCCCGAUCACGAAGCGAACGCUCUACCACUAGGCUACCGUGACCGGUCACUUGAGUUCGAAAUGUUAUGUCUACAACAUACAGUAACUGUUAUAUUCUGUUGAUUAAUCGAAAUUCGUUUGACCAAUAUUUUUUAAUUGUUUAAAGAUUAUAUGUUCGGGGGAGGUGGGGUGAGGGGGGGGUAUAUAUCAUAUAUUCCUUAAUAUGUACAGAUCUUGACGGCAUGUGUCUUUUAAGCCCCUGUAUAUCAAUUCUUUGAUGAAGGUUCGCAAAAUUAUACGAAAUAAUGAAACAUGUCACAGAUACAUUUCUUUUUUUAAAUACAUGUUUUACAUUUGUCGGUAUAUUAUUGAUUUCUUUUUGUCUUUUCUUUUUUGAAAUUGAAAAUAUGUGUACAUGUAUUAAUUUUGUAUUAAUAUUGUUUGUUUGAUUUCUUUUAUAGUGCUUUUUUAUUGUAUGAUAUUUAGGAUAAUGCAUUCCCUUUUGUCAAAAAAAGGAAGAAUGAAGGAAUGUUGAAAAUAUAUAUGUUGUGCAAAGUUGUUUUGUGAGCUAAUCUAAAGUAACUUAUCGACAAUUACAGUACUAGUUACAAUUAAAUUCAAACUUUUGAAAUUAUGCAAUAAAUGUGGCAUAAGUUAAUGUGAUACAUGCGAAUUUUGUU